AUGAUAAAAGAACUAAAUAGUGUAGAUCCUAAUCUUUCUGAAGUUAUAUCGGAGCUUGGCGGUGAUCCAAACAUUUCAUCAUUAUUAUAUAUUAAAGAGUCUGACAGUCUAUUGAGAAGGAAACAAAUGAAUAGAAAUAUUUCCUUAACUAAAAUCGUAAUUUCAUUUUGUAAUCAUAAUGACCCAAAUAAACAAAGAUGUAAUCAAAGAUCAGUCAAUCCAACUUUUGAAUUCAAAAACCAGAUAGAUCAAUGGUGUUUUACAACUUCUGAAAGUCGUUAUAGAAGUGUAACUGGGGCGGGUAACAAUAAUUGUACCUCUUGA